AUUUCAGAUCCUGCCAAAACAAUCCCAAUCACAUAAACUUGUGCCAUAAUCUUACAAUAAAAAAACAAAUUGAGUGUGCUAAUCUAUACAGCUAGAUAAGAGUAAAGGACCAAACAUCCCUCUAGUUAAAUAAAAAACGCUCUACACUUUACUCAAAAGUAUUUUUCAGCAACAUGAGUAAUAUUGGAUCGGCCUUGAAUGCAAACUGGUUAUAUGACAGUCCAGUAAAUUCUGAUGUUGAGGCAAAACUGAGACGAUUUUUGGUUGAGUUGGGAAAUGCUGAUAAAAUACUUGGAAUCCAGGUAUGUGCCUACAAAGACGGGGAAGUAAUCAUUGAUACUGCGGCUGGAGUUCUUGGUAAAGAUGACCCACGACCCGUUCAGCCCGAUAGCCUAUUUUCAUGUUUCUCUGUAACUAAGGGUGUCACUGCAGGAAUGAUACAUUGGCUGGCAGAUAAAGGGAAACUCAAGCUUGACGAAAACGUCGCAAACUUUUGGCCUGAAUUUGGUACAAACGGAAAAGACCAAAUACAGGUUAAUCAUAUACUUAAUCAUACAGCCGGUCUGCAUAAUGCGCUUGCUGGCAUUUCUGAAGAAGACGAUCCAAAGUUAUUUUGUGAUUUUGAACAGUGUCUAAAGCACAUUGUUGAGGCUGCACCUGAAACUCAACCUGGUCAAGUCGAGUUAUAUCAUUAUCUAUCAUACGGUUGGCUAUGUGGUGGAAUCAUCCAGAAAGCAUCUGGGAAGAAGUUUCAAGAGAUUCUUGAGGAAGCUUUUGUUCGUCCUCUUAAUGUUGAAGGCGAGUUUUAUAUAGGCAUUCCACCCGGUGUGGAAUCUCGACUUGCAACUCUUACAAUAGAUACAAAUGUGAUAAGUUGGUAUGCCGAACAAGUCAAAACCAUCACCUAUCUACCUUCAACAUACACGUUCAACAUGAUUUCCACCAUUGUUGCCAUAUCCAACACCCUCAAUGUCCGUCGUGCCAUAGUACCUGCUGCAAACGGACACUUCUCAGCACGUGCAUUGGCCCGAUACUAUGCCACCCUGGUGGACGGUGGUAUAGUCCCACCACGCCAUUCCUCUUCCCUCGAUAGCCAACUUAACAACCCCACAUUCCCUUCCAAUAAAACCGACACUAAAAUUUUUAUUAACUCUAAAGAAAACAUUCACAAUGCCUUCUUUGGACAUGGAGCUUACAAGGACUUAAGCUUUCCGAAUGGGAAGUUCGGGCUCGGGUUUCAAAAGUUUAAGAUAGCUGAUGGUUCUGUAAUUGGGUUUGGUCACCCGGGUUUAGGUGGAUCUACAGGAUACUGUGACAUAAAUACUCGCUUUGCGAUUGGUGUAACUUUUAACAAGUUACAUUCCGGUGCAGUGACUGAAGAGAUUGUCCGUUUUGUAUGCUCAAAUCUUGAUAUUCCUGUACCACAAGAUCAACAUAAAAGAUCAACGGGGUUUACUCACAAACCUGUGAUCAAUUAAAUGGGUUAAGUCUAAGUUGUUUCACACAGGCCAUCUGGAAAGUAUUAUUCAUAAUUAUGUGUAUUUAUAUAUACAAAACAAAACGCGAGGAAUGUUUACUGUUCUGAUUCUAGUUAUGCAUGAAUGCACCUUUUUAAUAAGAGAACCGAUCAUUUUUGAUAAA